CCGCGGUGCUCCGGGCCAGGAGGGCACCGAGCGCAUCCCCGAGCCCGGCAGCGCCACACCGGGCAGCGCACACGGAGCUGCCGCCCCCCCUCAGCACCCACCACCGGGCCCGCCGCUCCGGAUCGCCGGGGAGCAGGCCCUAACCCCAUCGCUCCUCUCGGGACGGCCGAAAAGCCGCAGGGACAGCACGGCCGCGCUCCUUUCAGCGCAGCCGGCCCCGGCCCGCGGGGCCACCGCCUCCCGGCCCGCCCCGCCCCGCUCCCGGCACCCACCGUGCGGGCGGGCCGGCGGAGCGCAGGGGCCCGCGGCGCAGGAAAUAAGCGGCCUCUAAUGCGAGGAGCACGAUGAAGUUCGGUUGCCUUUCCUUCCGACAGCCCUACGCAGGGUUGCUUCUAAACCAAGUCAAAACAGUAGAGACCCGCUGGCGUCCUUUGCUAGCAGGCUACAAGAACAGCACCAUUGCUAUUCAUAUAGCUGUUAAGGACUGGGAAGAUGAAACAUGGAGAGAAAUUCUUCUGAAUAGGUUCGGCAUGACACCAAAACAACUGCAGGAUUUGUUGGAUGAAGGGGAAAAAUAUGGCAGAGGAGUUAUUGCAGGAUUAAUUGAUGUUGGAGAGACAUCACUAUAUCCAGAAAACCUGCCUCCUGAAGAGAUUCUGGAGCUGGAAAACAAAGCUGUCCUCAGUAAUUUAGAACAAAAAUACUUGACUGUUGUUUCAAAUCCCAGAUGGCUCCUGGAACCAAUUCCUGCCAGAGGGAGAACAGGGGUGUGGCAGGUAGACAUCCCUGAAGAACUGAUCCCUUCAGAAUUGUAACUGUUGCCCCUUACUAUGAUUUUUUCCUGCCUAUAAUGCAGACUUGUAUUUAAGAUGCUGACUGGUGAAUUACAUCAGCAUCCUGUCUAGGAUUCUAUUCCACAACCAUUUGAAAUGGCAAAUACAUUUGAAGAACUGCUUUUUGAGGCAAAACAAACAAGAUGUGUCUUUAUGACUAUUACAUGAAAUUGUUUUUCUAGACUUUCUGUAUAAGCAACUAAGUAAAUGCCAUUUUUAAAUGUACAUUUAUACAUUGUGUGCCAAUUUAAAUGUAAAUUAAAAUUAUUUUUUGAUACCUGCA